UAUGGUCCGUAACUCGGAUGUUGUUAUCUUCAUCUUCAAUGGCAAUGGAAGGUGGAGCUUUUUAGUCGACCCACAAAACUGGUUUCCAAUACAGUAUUCGAAUCCUAAUUCAUGUCAACCACUGAGAAAAAGAUGGAUGGAGCAACCAGAUACCAUCUUGAAUCACAAAACAGCUCGGGUUUCGAGGAGGCUUUGCUCGUUUGUGGCUUCAAUGACUUGGUUAACAAUCAGAGAAAAACCAAAUCAUGUGGUAUUUUCAAACGUUUUGAAUUGAAAAAGUAUCGCUGAAUUUCGUAAGUACUUGUGGCAUUGAGAUCGUGAGUAUGUGCAUGAAAAAUUACAAUAAGUACAUCAUUUUUCUUUGAUUUUAAUUUUCGAAAACCAACGAAGUUUUUAGUUAUUUCUUUCAAGCGAUCCUUUUUGGGUUUACUCCUGUACGCCAUUGAACAUUGAAUUUGUACAGCAGUCUCGAUAAGUAGAUUUCCAUCCUUUUUCCGAUUUAGUUUCAUUAAGUUCUGGGUUUUUUCCUGCUAUAACAAGAGGGUUAAUUUCACAUAUUGAGACUGGUUUCGUUCUUUAACAAGGCAAAUCCCUCUGAACAAGAUGUAUUGCAAGACCUCCAAUUCCUGAGAAAUGAAUGUCUAAUUUUCACAACGGCAUUUCCCGAAAAAACGAGUUGACAAAAUCAAAGAAUACAUCCCAUUUAUUCACCCCAGUGUCAAACCCUGCUCAAUGAACUCUGAGGCUCCGCCGGCAUUCGAAAAACCUUUCAACGUUGUUUGAGAGCAACGAAAAUCAAAGUGAACGUGUCGCUUGAACCAUCAUCAUGAAGCAAAAUUUGCCUCUUUCCGCAGUGGUGCUGUUAGGGAUUUGCAUCGGGUCCCAACUUUUCCCCCCAUCCCAAGCACUAUCCUGCCUUCCAUGCCAAGAAAGUCCUUGUGAAACUCCAGCUUGCUGUGAAAGUGGGAGUUACAUCCCUGGGGUUUGUGGAUGUUGCCAAAUUUGUGCCAAAGCGGAAAGCAGCGUGUGCGGAGGGCCUUGGCGAACCUCGGGCGUUUGCAAUGAGGGGUUGUUUUGCCAUCGAGAGUGCGACUGUAAAACAGUUGAGGACCAGCAUUGCGUGUUCCCUUUCAAGUUUAAAGGCCAAGUCUUCGAUGCAUGCACCGAUUUUGAGAGCACCAAUGACAAGCUUUGGUGCGCUACCGAAGUCAACGAUUUGGAUGAAGUCAUUGAAGGACAAUGGGCCGAUUGCAAAGAGGGCUGCCCCGGGAUGCCAUUCGAGUGUGACGACACGCAGCUAUUCAAUAUGGAGGGUAUUUGUGUCAACCAAACCGAACGAGCUCGACUCGAGGCAGGAACUAAUGUUCGGGCACCCAAAACACCACAACAAUUCGACGAUGGUGCUCAAAAUGCCACCGUGGCGCCUUAUUGCUCGCCACCCAAGCCGGGUACAACCCUACCCGUUGAAGAGACUUGCCAAUGCGCCAAAGGCGAAGAAUGCCGGCCCAGCAAUAGCAACGGCGACGAUUCAGUCAACUUUGAACUCAAGACGUGGUGCUUCUUAUCUUACGUGGCGGAUCCGUCUAAUCCAACCCAGGAUUGCUUUCCCGAAGUCCAAUGGUCCAAAUCCGCCGGUAGAUUUUGGUCAAAUAAGGCUUGCGAGACGGAAGCCGAGGAGAGUAUUUUAUUUAUCCCCAGCCUCUAAAGGAAAGCAAUUUGUUGUUCGGCCAAAUAAAAAAUGUGUUUCAAUAAAACUGAAUUGAUUAAAAAAAAUGC